UCUGCCCUGUCUCCCUCAGUGUCUCCUGAAACUCCUCUCAGUCACAAUUGGUGGGAAUAGAUGGGCUCCGCUCCGCUGCGCGCGCGCCCGGACCUCGCGGAGUGAAUGAAAUGGUUUCUCCUGCACAUUUAAAGUGGACUAAAACAUCUUCACGAUGAACACCUGCGCCUUCCUGCUCAUUCUGACUGUUCAGAUCUACGCCGACGGUAUCGAGGGGCCAACAGCGGCCGGCUGCACCUUCGAAGAGGAUUCAGACCCGAAUCUGUGCGACUUCACUCAGGGGGAGGACGAUGACUUUGACUGGCUGUUGUACCGGACAUACAGUUCACCCUCUCCCACCUCUGACCUCCUCAAGGGAUCCUACAUGCUGGUGAACUCCUCCCAGCAUGCCGUGGGCCACCGUGCUCAGCUGCUGCUCCAGACGCUGAGUGAGAACGACACGCACUGCGUCCAGUUCAGCUACUUCCUGUACAGCCGCGACGGCCACAGUCCCGGGGACCUGCGGGCGUACGUGCGGGUGAACGGGGGCCCCCUGGGCAGCCCGGUGUGGAACGCCUCGGGGACUCACGGCAAGCAGUGGCACCAGGUGGAGCUCGCCGUCAGCACCUUCUGGCCCAACGAAUACCAGGUACUGAUCGAGGCGACGGUUUCCAGAGAGCGCCGGGGCUACAUUGCUUUAGAUGACAUCAUGGUGCUCAACUACCCCUGCUAUAAGGCGCCGCACUUCUCCAGGCUGGGAGACGAGGAGGUCAACGCCGGGCAGAACGCCACCUUCCAGUGCGUUGCUGCAGGAAGGGCGUCGGAGGCUGAGAAGUUCUUGCUGGAGAGACACAAUGGAGACAUUUUAACAAUGGCUUCGGUCAAGCACCUGAGUCACCGGCGCUUUGUAGUGUCUUUCCAGCUGGACAGCGUCCAGCGGUCUGAUCAGGACCUCUACCGCUGUGUCACUCAGUCCCCCCGGGGCUCGGGGGUCUCAAAUUUUGCUGAACUCGUUGUCAAAGUCCCUCCGUCCCCCAUCGCGCCUCCCCAGCUGCUGCGCGCCGGAUCCACUUACCUGAUCAUCCAGCUCAACACCAACUCCAUCCUGGGGGACGGCCCCAUCACCAGGAAGGAGAUCGAGUACCGCGCCAGCCAGUCCCCGUGGUCCGAGGUGCACGGAGUCAACAUGGUCACGUACAAGCUGUGGCACCUGGACCCGGACACGGAGUACCACAUCAGCGUGCUGCUGACCCGGCCCGGAGAGGGCGGCACCGGCCCGCCCGGACCGCCUCUGGUGAGCAGGACCAAGUGCGCAGAGCCCAUGCGUCCACUGCGAGGUCUCACCGCCUCGGACAUCCAGUCCCGGCAGUUGUCCCUGCAGUGGGAGAAUCUGGCGUUCAACCUGACACGCUGCCACACCUACUCAGUGUCGCUGUGCUACCGCUACACCAUGGCGGGAGGGGGCGGCGGCCACAACACCACCGUGCGCGAGUGCCUGGCAGUGGAACACAACGCCUCGCGCUUCACGCUGCGCGAUCUGCCACCGUACCAUGGCAUCCAUGUCCGUCUGUCACUGGCCAACCCCGAGGGGAAGAAGGAGGGCAGAGAGGUCACCUUUCAGACGGAGGAGGACAUUCCCGGAGGCAUCGCCCCGGAGUCGCUCACCUUCACCCCGCUGGACGACAUGAUCUUCCUGAAGUGGGAGGAGCCUGUUGAACCCAAUGGUCUCAUUACGCAAUACGAGAUCAGCUACCAGAGCAUCGAGUCGUCGGACCCGGGCAUCAACGUCCCGGGUCCCAGACGAACGGUGUCCAAGCUGAAGAACGAGACUUACCACAUGUUCUCCAACCUGCACCCGGGGACGACCUACCUGAUCUCGGUGCGGGCGCGCACGGCCAAAGGCUUCGGUCAGACAGCCCUGACCGAAAUCACCACCAACAUCUCAGCUCCGACUUUUGAUUAUGGAGACAUGCCGUCCCCCCUGAGCGAGACGGAGAGCACAAUUACCGUUCUGCUGCGCCCCGCGCAAGGCAGAGGAGCGCCUGUCAGCACCUACCAGGUGGUGGUUGAGGAGGAGCUGGUGAAGAAGGUGAAGCGGGAGCUGGGCCUUCAGGACUGUUUCCCGUUGCCGAUGUCCCACGGCGAGGCUCAGGCCAGAGGCACGCCGCACUACUACACGGCCGAGCUGCCGCCCAGCAGCCUGCCGGAGGCCAGCCCCUUCACCGUGGGAGACAACCACACCUACAACGGCUACUGGAACAGCCCUCUGGACCCCCGCAAGAGCUACCUGGUCUACUUCCAGGCAAUGAGCAACUUCCGAGGGGAAUCCAGAAUAAACUGCAUCCGCAUCGCUCGGAAAGCUGCCUGCAAAGACCAUCGCAAGGCCCUGGAAGUGUCCCAGCACUCGGAGGAGAUGGGGCUGAUCCUGGGCGUGUGUGCCGGAGGCCUGGUGGUCCUCAUCCUCCUGCUGGGAGCCGUCAUCAUCAUCAUCAAGAAAGGAAGGGACUACUACUCUUAUUAUCCUAAGCCGGUGAACAUGAAUAAGACGCCCAUUACCUACCGGCAGGAGAAGAGUCACAUGGGCUCCAUGGAGCGCAGCUUCACCGACCAGAGCACGCUGCAGGAGGACGAGAGGAUGGCCCUCUCCUUCAUGGACGCGCACACGUGUGGAACGCGCAGUGACGCCCGGAGCUCGGUGAACGAGGCCAGCAGCCUGCUGGGAGGAUCGCCGAGGCACCAGUGUGGACGGAAGGGGUCGCCGUACCACACGGGGCAGCUCCACCCCGCCGUCCGGGUGGCCGACCUCCUGCAGCACAUCAACCAGAUGAAGACGGCCGAGGGCUACGGCUUCAAGCAGGAGUAUGAGAGCUUCUUUGAUGGCUGGGACUGCACAAAGAAGAAGGACAAAACCAAAAGCAGGCAUGACACUUUGCUGGGAUAUGACCGCCACAGAGUGAAGCUCCACCCUCUCCUGGGAGACCCCAACUCUGACUACAUUAACGCAAACUACAUUGAUAUUCGGAUUAACAGGGAAGGCUACCAUCGAUCCAACCACUUCAUCGCCACUCAGGGACCCAAGCAGGAGACUUUGUAUGAUUUCUGGAGGAUGGUGUGGCAGGAGAACUGCUUCAGCAUCGUUAUGAUCACUAAGCUGGUGGAGGUUGGCAGGGUGAAAUGCUGUAAAUACUGGCCCGACGACAGCGAGAUGUAUGGCGACAUCAAAAUCACUCUGCUCAAGACGGAGACGCUCGCCGAAUACACAGUUCGCACUUUUGCCUUGGAGAGGAGAGGAUAUUCAACCAAGCACGAGGUGCGUCAGUUCCACUUCACGUCCUGGCCGGAGCAUGGCGUCCCGUACCACGCCACCGGACUGCUGGCUUUUAUACGAAGAGUGAAAGCCUCCACCCCUCCCGACGCCGGCCCCGUGGUGGUCCACUGCAGCGCGGGGGCGGGCCGCACCGGCUGCUACAUUGUGUUAGAUGUCAUGUUGGACAUGGCCGAGUGCGAAGGUGUGGUGGACAUCUACAACUGCGUUAAAACCCUCUGCUCUCGACGCAUCAACAUGAUCCAGACGGAGGAGCAGUAUAUUUUCAUCCACGACGCCAUCCUGGAGGCUUGUCUGUGCGGGGAGACGGCCAUCUUGGUCAAUGAGUUUGCGGUCACGUACAAAGAGAUGCUGCGAGUGGACUCGCAGAGUAACUCCUCUCAACUGCGGGAAGAGUUUCAGACGCUCAACUCGGUGACUCCUCACCUGGACGUGGAGGAGUGCAGCAUCGCCCUGCUGCCCAGGAACCGGGAGAAGAACCGCAGCAUGGACGUGCUGCCGCCCGACCGCGCCCUGGCCUUCUUGGUCACGACGGAAGGGGAGAGCAACAAUUACAUCAACGCGGCUCUGGCCGACAGCUUCCACCGGCAGGCCGCCUUCAUCGUGACCCCUCACCCCCUGCCGGGCACCACGGCCGAUUUCUGGAGGCUGGUGUUCGACUACGGCUGCACGGCCGUGGUCAUGCUGAACCAACUCAACCAGUCAAACUCCGCCUGGCCGUGUGUGCAGUACUGGCCGGAGCCCGGGCUGCAGCAGUACGGGCCCAUGGAGGUGGAGUUUCUGUCCAUGUCGGCGGACGAGGACGUGAUCACGCGCCUGUUUCGGGUCAAGAACGUCACGAGGCUGCAGGAGGGCCAGCUGGUGGUGUGUCAGUUCCAGUUCCUGCGCUGGUCGGCGUAUCGCGACGUCCCCGACUCCAAGAAGGCGUUUCUCAACCUGCUGGCUCAAGUGCACAAGUGGCAGAGGGAGUGUGGAGAGGGGCGCACCGUGGUGCACUGCCUCAACGGUGGCGGUCGCAGUGGGAGCUUCUGUGCCUGCAACAUCCUCCUGGAGAUGAUCCAGUACCAGAACAUGGUGGACAUCUUCUACGCCGUCAAAACUCUACGCAACUGCAAACCCAACAUGGUGGAGUCUCUGGACCAGUAUCGAUUUUGCUAUGACCUUGUCCUGGAGUACUUGGACUGCUUUGAAGGCAGAUAGCAACUAAAUGUUUACCGCAGCAGCAGCAGCAUCCCAUGCACCGGGAGAUUUGAUUUGAGGCCACCCAGUGUCCUCCCUCUUCUUUAAUGUUUGGACCUGUGGACGCGGCUUUCAAAGGACUGCAGAGGGAAGCAAAGAAAAGAAAAAAAAAAAAAAAGAAGAAGAAAAAAAACAUGGUCAAGGUUCUAACUUUUAACCUUUAAUGUACAGCUGUGAUUUCCUCCUUGUCAGUGAUCUUUAUCUCUUUUGAUAUUUUUUUGUGUUUUUCUUGAUCCUCUUUGCCUCCUGGACUUAAUCUCUUUUGUGCUGAGGCUUUCUGUAGCAGCGAAACAAUAUUGCGGGCUACAAAAUGGACUUGUCUAUUGCAAAGAAGGGUCACCUUGGCGGCGUUUCAUCGUUUUAUUUGAACAUUGAGGAGGCUGGAUGUGAUUCCAGAGUUGCAGCAGCAUUAUCUAACCUUGGAAGCAUUUUCUUCUCUCUUAAGAGCUACAUACAACAGCAGUCCACUGUGGUUGUGGCAUGACUUAUCUACCAUACCAUAAACUGCCUUAUUCUCUGUCGAUAGAAGAAUUUAUUCAGAUCUCUGAAUAAACCUCAAAAGUGGUCAUGCUGGUAUUCUAAAUAGCAACAAGAGACGUACAACAUUCAGAUAGUCUGGCCCAGUGUGUAACAGUAUUGAUGCAGAAACUGUACAGUCGUGCAACGUGUCGUAUUUUUGCCAUAAUGUCUGUGCUGGAUUACCAUGUGUGCUAACGGUGGGCGUUCCCAGGGACCACGGCGCCGGGCCUGCUACCACCGCGGGAGAUUCCUGUCUCAUUACUGUCACAGUGCCAAUCCCAAUGACUGACUUGAAUCCUUUACUUUGUUCUACUGCAUCAUCCUGAUAAUAUGCCUACAAACUAAACAGUAUGUACUGCAUCAGCGGACGCUCCCGCUCCAAAGUGAUUGUUUGUAUUUUAUAUCCGGUGAGGGAGGCAAAGGAGCAGGUGGAGAAACAAUUUGUGAAGAAAAAAAAAAAAGAUGUUCCAUUAAUGCUGUGGUGAAAUGUCCAAACCAGUGCUGAGUUCCAGACUCUCCCUGGAGCUCUUUUACUCCUUUUGUCGUCUGAGACGUCUGGUCGUACUGUAAACUGUUGAAGCAAGUUAAGCCAGUUCUGAUUUUAUCAUUACCCUUUCGGGUCGGGGGCUCGUUCUGACAUGGAGUUAGUUGUUGUUACUAGUGAUGUGAAAUUAAUGAAGCAAAAAAUAUAUAGAAAGAUAGACAAUGGGAACUGAGAUUGCGCACAGAGGAGAGAAGAAAAAAAUUCUAUUUUGCAUCAAACAGUGAACUUAUUGAUGUUAACCCAAUGGUGGUCUUUUAAUUAAAAAAAAUAUAUAUAUAGCCUCUAUAUAUAUAUAUAUAUAUACAUAUAUACAUAUAUAUAUAUAUACAUGGCAGAAGAGGAAUAGCAAAACAAAGCUAGCUGCUGACCCUGUUGUUCUACAGGAAGCAGUUUUACUCAAAUUCUUUUAAACAAUUUUUUUUUUUUUUUUUUAAAAAAAAGCUCCCCUGCACCCCAUUAUUACACUUUAAAGUACGUUAUAGUGGAUCAACCAACGCUUGUUCAGCCUUUGAAGGAGGGCGGUGGAGGCGUCUCUCCAGGACCUGCCCUAACACACAGGGAGAGACGCCGUCCGGCCCGGCGAGGCUGAGGAACGGCGGCUAGGCUAACGUUGCUGCGAGCUAGCCGUCCGGCUGAGGGUGGGAGCCCCAGGAGAACAUGAAGGGUCAGAGAGGGCAGCAACGUCAACAAGCUCCCUUUGAGCUUUUAACAGAGCAGCUGGUGUUUCAGGCGGGGAUGAAGAACGAGGUAGCUACAGCGUCGUCAGUGAUCUGACCAGUGAUUGCUGGAGGAAGUGCCUGGACACUUUUUCUCAAGUUUGGAAGAAAUGUGUACAUACAGAUGUAUAAUAUGUUAUGUGAAUAUUAUGUGAAUACUAUAGUCUAUGUUCGCCCAGAGUAAAGACAUACAGUAAAGUAACCACUACGUAACCACAAAGCUGAAUGUGCCGUAAACGAACAUUUUGUGAGGGUUUUUUUUUUUCUUUUUCUCUUUUUUUGGCGAGAAUUUUUAAUAGACGAGUGUGAACUGAGUCUCCCUGCUUAUAAAAGCAUGUAUAAAUCCAUGGUCUGCUUUGCAUUUCAGUUAAUGUCAAAAUAUCAAGAUCUUACAUGUUUUAUUCAUCUGUUGUGUUUCCAGCGAGCACAUUGUACCUUUACCAUUCCAAAGCUUUUUCUAUGACUCCUCUCGGGGUGGCAGCGAUCGCCAGCUGCCACAGGACUGCUUCUUUCUUUCUUUCUUUCUUUCUUUGCGAACUGACGGUACGUGACUACUGUGUUUUUGACCAUUGUGUUUGUGGGGACCAGGUGUGUAUUUAAAAGAGACAUGACGGAGAAGAUAGAUGUAUAUGUGGUUCAGGAAGAGUUUUCUUUUGAAGGAUAACAACAAUUAACAAUAAAGAACGAAGGGGAGAAACAAAGA